AUGCAUUGCUUUGGAACUCCAGACUCUCAAGGUUACCACGAUUAUAAGUCCAAGCAAGAGCAAAUCAGAUCAACUUCAGAGAACCACUCGAACCAAGAUAACAAGCGCCAUACUCUCCCACCCAAGACCAAAACCGUAUCCCAGGCCGACGCCGAGCUUCGUGAACGGCUGGAACAAAUGUCUGGAGAAGGAGGGGCCUCUGGAAUCGAAUACGAAGACGGCAAACCGAAUGCAAUGAAGCGCGGCAAUAUGCACCUUGCUCCUAUCAAAUGUCACGGAUAUAUAUCCAAGCGAGGUCUCGUGCCCUCCGAUCCAGCAUUGGCCCCAUAUGCCAAGACACGUGGAAAAGGAAUGUUCUCGGUCAUCGGCCCUAGGAGUUACAGGCAUCCAUCGGAACCAGACUUCUUGAGCUUUGUUUCCGACAGCAUAGAUGAGGACGUCCGUGAUGCCCGGGUUUUGCUUCGGUUGAUUCUGCCAAAUUAG